AUGAAUGAUAAAGAUUUUAAUGAUCAUACUCUUCUUCAUUCUGCAGUAAUUGAAAAUAAUUUAGAAAUAACUAAAUUUCUUGUUUCGCAUGGUGCUAAUAUCAAAGCAAAAGACAUGAAUAGAUUGUCCUCUGCUUUCCAUUACAUUUACAAUGAAAUUAUAAUGCUUUUCAUUUCACAUGGUCUCUGA